AUGCCACUCUCUUUUUUGCAACCCAAUGGGCCCGAUUUUGAAUCAGUUCGGUGCUCGAUUGUUGAGCGCGACAUAACAUAUGCAAGUAAAAGACCGCUAUGAACUUGAAGAGCGGAUAGGGCAAUUCGCCCGCGGUAUUGUGCCAAGGGAGUAAAGGGAAGGAGUUUUUUGACUUGAAUUGGAUUCUCAGAAUAGGGCUUUACUUCACUUCACCUCAAUGUACUAUGACACUACCGUUCACUGCGGUUGAACCAGAUGGCACAUACUCACGCCCUGCCCGUUGCCAUUCACGCUCUUUUCACAUCCCGAUGCAAGACCUCCGUUCAGUUUCCCCAUUCACCUCCCCGUUUGACACUAUGCCGAGGUUGGCGAGGGCUUUCGACUCCGCCUUGGAAACAGUAACUGGAUCCCCGGUGUUUCUACGGAAACUUUGUAGGUUCGGGUUUGUAGGCGGCAUUCACGAGGUCAUCUGGGCACAGCUCCGAAGUUUCAAUUCUGCAAUUGCCAAGUACUACCAAGACUACGUGCUGGACGGGGUGGCAGUGGCGCUAAUUGAUCACCGGGAAGAGGACGGGCGGCGCCGCUGUUUAAUGCAAAGGCAGGAAUGGGUGGUACAGGGGGAGGUGAAGCAGCCAAAGUCGGCGAAGCGGGUGGAGAACGAUAUGGGAUGGCGAAUUGGAUUGAGCGACGAUGGCUCAGAGUAUGAGUGGAUCCUCGAGAGGAAGUGGAUGAUGAUGAAGAUGAAGAUGACGAAGCAAAGGAUACGGGUGAACCCGGACUCGGGGGAGGAUAAUGAGCGCGGAGGAGAUGACCUCGAGCUUGGUCCGGAUCUUUCCGACAUUCUCCUUGAACGCGCUGGUGGUAAUGGCAAUGGACCCAAAGUGGCAACGUCGGGUGACACAGCGCGUGGAGGAGGAGACAGUGGUCGCGAGAAUAUGGAUAGUGAGGACGCCAUUGAAAGAUGA